GGAGUUUAUUAUUAUUUGCAUUGUACUCUGUCUUGUCUAUUCUUAUCAUGAGAAUAAUUUCAAUCUUACUACCUCUAUGCUAAAUAUAUCGUGGUACUCGGUAUAUGGAGGUCUUUCGCCUUUUCUCGGCCUUCAUACUAAGCCUCUUGACAACCAGUCCAGGGUGGAAGAAGGGAUAAGAGAGGGGGAGGGGAAAGACUAGAGGAAUGGAAGCUCCAAAUCACUGUCCAGAGUAAAUAAAAAAAAUCAAAUACCUACUAAGGACAGAGAGGAGACCUUUCUUUCAUACUAGCCCAUUUAUUCUCCACUGGAAUUGCACUUUAAUUCUGAGAUAAUAAUCAUAAAGAAGGGCAGGAUUUCUCUUUCCAUGAUUCCUCUCAGUUUCUGAGCUUCCUUCUCGACCACUCACUAUGGCCGUUUCAAAGGGAUUGCUGGGAACCCAAUGGCGUUCAUCAAGGACGUUAGUUAUCGCUUGUAUCAGUGUCGCUUUGUUUUCUGAUACUUUUCUCUACAGUUUCAUCGUCCCGAUCUUAAGUUCCAUGCUCAAGGACCGCCUUUAUAUCGACCCAAUCCACACUCAAUUCUACAUUACUGUCGUUCUGGCCCUCUAUGCCUUCACUUCGUUGAUCGCCAGUCCCAUCAUUGGGCAUUUCGCAAACCGCAAACCGAGUAGAAAGAAGCCAUUGUUGCUGUCAUUGAUACUAUCUUUGGUGGGAACUGUUCUGUUCGCCUGUUCGCAUUCCUUAUGGAUUUUCUUCUUCGCACGUAUCCUUCAGGGCAUCGCUGCCUCCGCGACCUGGGUCAUUGGUCUGGCCACAAUCGCGGACAGAGUCAGCGAGGAUGACAUUGGGAAGGUCAUGGGGACGGUAAAUUCGUUUAUUUCAGCGGGUUUCAUUGUCGGGCCUGUUGUCUCGGGCUUCCUGUUCGAGGCGCUUGGAUACUGGCCGACCUGGGCCGCUCCAUUCGGUGUGCUGAUGCUGGAUUUCAUCGCUCGUCUUCUUAUGGUAGUAGAGAAGUCAGACAAAGAAGUCCCGGCACGACCUCCUUCUUCUUAUUCUUCUUCUUCUUCUUCGUCCUUUUGCUCCUCGAAAGGCACGAUUGCUACUCCAUCCUCCGAAGCAACAGAAGAUCGACCCCUUCUCUCUGAGACCGGAUCCUCAUAUCACUCCUUCCCAGAAUCAAUCCAGACUCAAGAUCCACCAGAUGAUCUCACACCAACCCCACCACGCAGCUUCUAUCGCGAUUAUCUGAACAAGAGCCGAGUACUCACAGCACUACUCAUUUCAUCUCUUUCAAUCUUCAUCUCUUCCACCCUCGACACCACACUCCCUCUCCACGUCCAAGAGGCCUUCAACUGGGGAACAUCCGCUACAGGACUAAUGUUCUUCUGCCUCCAAGCCUCUACUCUCGUCAUAAGCCCCUUAUCCGGGUGGCUGUACGAUGUCAUCGGUCCCAAAUACCCCAUCACAAUCAGUCUAGUCUGCCUGAUACCCUUGAUCUGGGUAUUAGGGAUUCCUGGAGCAGAGCAGUUUCCCUCGGCGAAUGGAGAGAUUAUGGGUCCGACUCUCUAUAUUACUGCUGUAAUUGGGAUCGGGGCCAUCAUGCCGUUUAUCAAUGGUAUAGGAAUGUUGGAAUUAACGGCCGUCGUUAAGGAAAGACAGGUUGAAAAUCCACAAGUCUAUGGUCCUAAUAGUGGGUCUGCGCGUGCUUAUGCUUUGAAUGGUCUCCUGGUGACUCUGGCUAUGAUGGCGGGGCCUAUAAUUUCGGGGACGCUUCAUGGGACUGUCGGGUAUUAUUAUAUGAAUUCGGUGUUUGCAAUCGCGUUAAUACCUCUACCGAUCCUUUCGUUUUUGUUUCUUGGUAAAAAGUAUCCUCGACAGGCACGAGGUGUACUUUUGGAGUGAAAUGAUACCUUUUCUUUUUCGGGGGGCAUUGUGGGAAAUAGAUUUUUAUAUUGUAUGUACUUUUAGAUAGAUAGACGUGAUACGGUAUACGUUGGCUUCGAGCUUCUGCUGAGAU